AUGGCGGUUACAAUUCCCUCCAUUGAAAGUUUAGAGGGAUUCCUCCACUUCGAGUUCAGGCCUCAAAUGGCGAUCGCUGUGGCGCUCGAUUUCCUCCUCCCGUCCUGCCUGGAGAUCAAUAUCACUCUUGCUACUUCUCUGUUUCUUAUUUUCGCUCUCUGGAUUUUCUGCUCUACUCGCGUUAAGAACAAGGUUGCCUCUGGUUUAAGAGACCUUCAAACUGAUUCUGCUUAUCUAAUUAAGUUGGAAUUGUUGGCUGCCAAGAAUCUUGUUGCUGCGAACUUAAAUGGCACUUCUGAUCCAUAUGUUAUCAUUACCUGUGGUGCAGAAAAGCGCUUCAGUUCGAUGAUUCCUGGUUCAAGGAAUCCCAGGUGGGGAGAGGAGUUCGAUUUUUUCGUUGAUCAGCUUCCUGUCCAGGUUAAUGUUACAAUUUAUAAUCGGGAUCUAGUUUGGAAAAGUGAUGUUCUUGGUUCAGUUACUGUUACAGUUGAAUGUGAAGGCCACACGGGUGCUGUGUGGUACUCAUUGGAUACUCCUUCUGGGCAGGUUUGUCUCUACAUCAAAACUAUAAAAUUGCCAGUCAAUGCCGGAAGCACAGUUAAUGGUUAUGCUGGAGGUUUAGACAAACCAGAGCUAACAUUGGCUCAUCAAAACCCAGGGCCUCUCCAGACAAUCUUUGAGCUUCUACCUGAUGAGGUUGUUGAUCGUAGUUUUUCCUGUGCUCUUGAGAGAUCAUUCUUGUACCAUGGUCGUAUCUACAUCUCUGCUCGGCACAUUUGCUUCCACUCUAAUAUCUUAUCAAAGCAAAUCAAGGUGGUUAUACCCCUAGGAGAUAUUGAUGAAAUAAGAGGGACUCAACAUGCAUUCAUCAAUCCUGCUGUAACAAUUGUUCUUCGCAUGGGUGCUGAUGGGCAUGGUGUACCUCUGUUGGGAAGUCCUGAUGGUAGAGUUGGAUAUAAGUUUACAUCAUUUUGGAAUAGGAACCAUGCAGUUGGAGCUUUACAGCAUGCACUGAAGAACUUCCAUAAAAUGCCGGAAGCUGAGAAGAAGGAGAAACCAGAGUCAGCAGAAAAGAUCAGCGCUGAUAAUUUGUGCAAAAAUAAAAGUACUCAGGCUUUUAUUAAAGAGGAAGUUCUUACAAGCAUACACAGCGGUGUUUUCCCCUGCACUCCUGAGCAGUUCUUUACUACGCUGUUGAGUGAUGGAUCAACUUAUACAAAUACUUUAGCUUCGAGACGAAAAGAGACAAAUCUAGUUAUGGGAGAGUGGCAUGCUGCAGAUGAAUAUGAAGGUCAAGUCAGAGAGGUUACAUAUAGAUCUCCUUGUUCUAAUCCCAUGUGCCCACCCGACACAGCAAUGACAGAGUGUCACCAUGCAGUUUUAUCUGAAGAUAAGAAGAAGUUGGUAUUUGAGAUAAUACAAAAGGCGCAUGAUGUGCCAUUUGGGUCAUACUUUGAGCUCCAUAGUAGGUGGCUGUUGGAGACCAAUGCCGAGGAUUCUUCUUCUCUUGAUUUUAAAGCGGGUGUAUAUUUUAAGAAAUGGUGUAUGUUGCAGUCCACAAUAAAAGCUGGCGCAAUGCUUGAGUUCAAGCAAGUUGUGGAUCUGAAGUUAGAGAUCGCCCAUGAAUAUAUGAAGAACUCCAAUACUUCUGGAACCCAAACCCACCAAAUUGCAUCUCAGAGCUCUUAAUGAUUUAGGAGAUUGGUGGUGGUGGUGCGUGCCAUGUUUAUGAAACUACAUAACCUUUUCAGGUAAUUCGGAAUGAAGUCUCGUUGUUCAAGUCUGAAACUUAAGUUUAUUGAAUCAGCGACAAAAGUCAAACCAUACAAGUGAACUCACCAACAAGAGUCCACAACUCAUUAGGAUUAA